CUCUUGAUAGAAUUCGUAGGAAAAUGGAGCCACGGAUCAGGCUGAAGACAGAACCCCUAUGGCUCACACCCCACCUGGACCCUAACCCUCCACAGCCUCCCUCUCCCUUCCCCCAACCAGAAUCCUUGUUUUGGGGCUCCCAAGCCCCUGAGCUAAGCCCCGCCCCUCUCCCAGUGUCCUAAAGUUUGGGGGCUGCAUUCAAGUCAGAGAUUUCCAAGUAGGGGGUAUUAGAGGGACUUCUUCUGAUGGCAACUUGCCCUGAAAGGACAGGGGAAAAGUGGCAGCGACCGUCACUGUCCCUGAGGACAUUGGUGUGGCUCCUGGGAGACCCUGUGCCCUCUCUCCCUCCCGUCAGCCCAGCCAAGCAGGGACCAAGCUUGCUUAUUAUCACCUGACGCUGUGCAGCCACUGAUCCCAUUGGUGGAGCCAGAUUCGGUCUGUCUCUCUCGUUCUUUCUCGCCUUCUCUGCCUCUCUCUCCUCCACGCCGCUUUGAUUUCUCUCUUGCCUCUCUCCUUGCGCCUGGCUGGGGAACAUCGUCUCUCGGGGGUGGCAGCGGCAGAGGGCUGCAGAGCCAGACAGGAGCUGCCUGCGGGGCAUGGAAGAAGCCUCCCUGGCAGCCGGGAGAGGAGCGAGCAAGUGCUGCUGCCUGUGACCCAGGCGUCCGGCCACGGCUCCCCUGCCUGGGGAGCUCAUCCGCACAGAAGUCUCUCCCUUCCCUUCCCUUCCUGAGCUGCCUCUGCAGAGCCCGGUGCAGGAGUCAUACCCAAGGGGAGCAUGGAGCUGCUGUCCACCCCCCACAGCAUUGAGAUCAACAACAUCACCUGUGACUCCUUCCGCAUCUCCUGGGCCAUGGAGAACAGUGACCUGGAGAGGGUCACCCACUACUUCAUUGACCUUAACAAGAAGGAGAAUAAGAAUUCCAACAAGUUCAAGCACCGGGAUGUCCCUACCAAGCUCGUGGCCAAGGCUGUGCCCCUGCCGAUGACAGUGCGAGGCCACUGGUUCCUGAGCCCCCGCACGGAGUACAGCGUGGCUGUGCAGACGGCGGUGAAGCAGAGCGAUGGGGAGUACCUGGUAUCUGGCUGGAGCGAGACCGUCGAGUUCUGCACUGGGGAUUAUGCCAAGGAGCACCUGGCCCAGCUGCAGGAGAAGGCUGAGCAGAUCGCAGGCCGCAUGCUCCGCUUCUCCGUCUUCUACCGCAACCAUCACAAGGAGUACUUCCAGCAUGCCAGGACCCACUGCGGGAACAUGCUGCAGCCCUACCUGAAGGACAACAGCGGCAGCCACGGCUCCCCGACCAGCGGCAUGCUCCACGGCGUCUUCUUCAGCUGCAACACGGAGUUCAACACCGGCCAGCCCCCCCAGGACUCCCCCUACGGCCGCUGGCGCUUCCAGAUCCCCGCCCAGCGCCUUUUCAACCCCAGCACCAACCUCUACUUUGCGGACUUCUACUGUAUGUACACGGCCUACCACUAUGCCAUCCUGGUGCUGGCGCCCAAGGGCUCCCUAGGGGACCGCUUCUGCCGCGACCGCCUGCCCCUCCUGGACAUUGCCUGCAACAAGUUCCUGACCUGCAGCGUGGAGGACGGGGAGCUGGUCUUCCGCCACGCCCAGGACCUCAUCCUGGAGAUCAUCUACACCGAGCCUGUCGACCUGUCCCUGGGCACCCUGGGUGAAAUCAGCGGGCACCAGCUCAUGAGCCUGUCCACGGCCGAUGCCAAGAAAGAUCCCAGCUGCAAGACCUGCAACAUCAGUGUGGGCCGCUAGGGACUCCUGGGGAGCUGGGGGGCUGGGGAGAGGUGAGGGGAAGUGUGGAGAUGGGCUGGCAUAGGUUCAGGGAGUUGGCCUUCUCUCCCCUGUCCCCCUGCUCCCUCCAAUCCACCGGUCUACCCCCUCCCCUCCACCCCUUGGCAUUGGAGGCGAUGGAGGGUGGCCCUCUUGGUAAGCAUGGCCUACCCCAGGCCUGAGGGACUCGGAGAGGCUUCCUAGCCUCCAGAGGUCGCUGGGUGGCUUGGAUCGCUGGAGACUCUUCGUUUCCUCUAGUUUCCCUGUUCUGAUGCCCCUUGCCUCCUCCCAGCUCUCCAUCUCAGACCUGCCUUCCUCCAGGGCUCUCCCAGCGAAGCCCGGCUGGGCUGGAGCCCACGUGUAGUUUGCCUGCCUCCAGAGGAGAAGUAGAGAGAUGUGAGGCACCUUCUUCCUUUGCCCCACCCACCCCACUCAGGGCCAACCACAGAAUGCCCACCCCCACCCGGAGCCGGGGCCUCGGGUGCCUCCCACGCCUGGCCCGGGCCCCUUCCCUCUAUAAAUAGUCUCUGUGCACCGCUGUGACCCCCCUGGCUACUCCUUGCCCCAAAGAACCCUCUUCCUGCAUGGGGAGAGCUGUCCCUCCCCUUCCCCACUUGCCCACUUGGGACAAUCCUCCUGCUCUUUAGAAAGGGGCCCCCUUUUUUUCUCUUGGAUUUGGGGGUUCUGGGCUGUUGGGGUUUUUCCUCUCUUCUCCCCGGAGACGAUGUACCCCAGCAUACCUUCUUCCUUGCUCAGAGCACUGGGGUGUGGAAAGGCAGCCACUAGGGUCGAGGAGGGGGGAGGAGACCCCUGAGACCUGGAGGUACCCCCUUCCUCAGCCGGAGCGGCUGCCUCCUGCCCCGAUGGGGGCUGGUGUGGAACAAGAGAGCUGAGGGCCCUCCCGCAGAGCCCUGGCACCCCGCCUGGCUAUGUCGCUUUGCCCGCUCUCUGCCACGGUGCCGUGACUGUAUCGUGCCUGUGUGUGAACUGGACUGUGGAUUCUUCGCCACUCCACUUUUGCCCCUGCCCACUGGCACUGUCCGCUUACCUGGCAAGCCUAUUGGCUGAGAGUCCCCUACCCCCACCCCAGGGAGUUCUUGGUGAAGUCUCUCCUUGGCCUCCAGAGUUUUCAUCUAUUUCCUACUUUUGUACCUGUCCGGAGGGUGGUGAGGGUGGGCUUCCCGAGACAAGCAAACCAGGUAGAGUGACUGGGAGAAGUGCUGACAGAAACAGUUGGCUGUUGGGGGAUGAGGGGUGGGGGGUUGUCGUCAGGCAGAGGACAGAGCAGCCCCCACAGGGACUCACUCAAAAGUGACUCACUCGAAAGUGACAGCCAAUGGACAAACAGCUGGAUAUUUCUGAGAUGAAGGACAGAAGGGGCCAGCAGGCCAACAAGGGCAUAACCUCAGUGAGGGGACAGGAAGGACAGCUGGUAGCCUUUUCUAUAGCCAGGGGCUGUGGUGUGGUCAGCUGUCUCCUUUGGAUGGGUUAUGGGAGAUGCAUGGAGAAGGAGAGGACAUGGGCCCCAGGCCCUCUUCCCCUCUGCUUACAGCAUUGCUGUGGGGGCGGCCCGCUGCCCUCCCCUGGCCCUGGUGUCUGCCCUGUGCUGGGAACACACCCGCCUGUGCUGUGCUUGCAAUGUGCAUCAAUAAACCAACAUGGCCUGAGA